CAGUCAUUCGUCAAGAAUUCACUAUUUACAUUUAAAACUUUAGGUACUGCAAGAGUGCAAGUUUUAAACCAAAGUAUCAUUUGAUUUUGCUAUCGGCAGUUUCGAUGAGCCCAGUUGGGAUGCUACAUGGACAUGUCCUAAAGGCUCUAAUAGUCACAAAACAAGAAUGAGUCUUUCACUGAUUCAACAGCAUCAUUAUUCAAUUUUUAUUCAGUUCUAAAGGUGUCUUCAAGCAAGUUCAACAUGACUGUGCCCACAGAACAUUUGUAUGGAAAUGUUAUACGGCAAGAUAUUGUUAAAUGUAAUUCUGCUCUGAAAAUAUACUUACAGACUAUUCAAGAGCACAAGGGUGAUGAAGCAGAGCUGAAUGAAAUCUCUGCUUCUGUGAGAACAAAGCUGAGUCAACUUAGAGGUCUCAUAGCUAAUCUCAAGACUUUAGCUAAGGAAGAAGACAAUUUAGAAUCAAGAAAAUUUCUUUUAGAAGACAUUGUGGAGCAGGAGUCUGCUCUUCAACAAACUCAUUCAUUACUUAGAAAUGCUUUGUUUCGAGCUCAACUUGCCAUAACUGAAAGGCAGAAAAAUGAACUCUUCAGCUAUCAAUCAGUCCAGAGCGAUAAGGAAGGUCACCAAUUAAGACACCGCAUGAGCACUGAACUCGCCCUCAAGCAGUCGUCUCAGCUCACCAAUGACCUCCUCAAUGCCACCAGAAUGAUCCAAGACAACACCGAAAAGAGCACUAAAACGCUCGAUAAGUUAGUGGAGAGCUCGGAGACAUUGACAGCAACACGUGAGGAGUUGAAAGGACUGGGCUCCGUCAUUAGCCAAGCACGAAAGCUGCUCAGCAAAUAUGGUCGCAGGGAAAACACUGACAAGCUCCUCAUCUUUCUAGGCUUUGUUUUCUUUGCUGCAUGUUGCCUCGUUGUCAUUAGAAAUAGAUUAAACAUAUUCUAGUUGCAAUCUGUUGUCCAAUUCUCCCAAUCUUUCAUUAUCGAAAGUGGAACAAGUUUUUUAUUUGAGAUAUAUCGUGUAUGUACACAUAUAUAUUGUACUGUAUCAUUUUUCCACAAGUCACUCAGUGAAUUGAGCAAUUUCAUAUGGAUUACAAAAUAAGUUUCAUUUUAUAUGUUGCCCUUAGCUAUCUGAUGAUGCGUUAGUGCGAUUACAGUUGUAGCAAAGAAGUCUGCCUCACUCAUAACUUGGACUGACCAGACCUGCAGAUGCAAAAUCUCAUCCCUGUGAUACAACUCCAACUGUCGAUUUCCUGUUCGAUGCUACGUAGAUUUUCUCGUAUUC